AUGCACCUCGGCCAGGAUGUGUUCCCUGCCUUUAUGACGCAGGCGGUGCGGAAGCUGGUGCAGCUGCUGGGCCCCGACGCUGCCGCGGAGUUUGACCACACGCCCCAGCUGCGCUGCCUGGCACUCGCUGUGCGGGCGGCGUGCGCUAUCCAGCUGCGGGACACGGCGCAGGCCGCGGAGGCGUCCCUCUUCGUGGCCUUCUACGAGUGCACCGUGAGCGCGCUGCGCAGCUGGCGCCAGCUGCGAGGCUCGCCGGACGCGCCGCACCACGUGCUCGGGCCGUGGAUGGUUGCGGCGCAGCACCUCUGCGGGUUUGUGGUGGACUUUCACGAGGUGGUCCACUACUACGCCAACUCGGAGCGGGUGCUGGACGCCCUCGCCCUCCCCGCCUCCCUCACCCGCUACGCCGCGCAGGCGGUGAUGGCCGCCUGCUACUUCACCUCCUCGCCACAGUCGUCCGCGGCGGCACCGCUGGGCGCCGCGGCGGCGGCGGCGUGGAUGCGCUUCUGCGAUGCCAUGGACUGGAGCUACAGCGAACUGCCGCUGGAGAGGAUAGGCGCGGCCGCGGCGCGGAUUCUCGCCCGCGGCGAAGCAGAGCACAGCCGUGGCGAGGCCCUGCUCUCGCUGCGGCUGCUGGUGCUGCAGAAGGGGCUUGGCUUCCUGCAGUCGCUCACGGAGGCGCUGCGGGCCGCGGGGGGCGAGGUGGACAUUGACGCCGCCUUUGCGGAGCUGUUCAGCCUCGCAGUGAUCGACCUGCAGCUGGAGGACCCCCGCGACGAGCAGUGGGGCCGCGCCAUGGCGUUUUUCGCCGACUACCUCAGCGCGGCCUCGGUGGCGCAGGCAAAGUCCGCAGCGGAGCUCCUCGCCGCCUGCAAGGGGACACAUCUGCUGGUCCUGCGGGCCGUGCUGCAGCUGUGCCACGGGGCGGGCACCGUCACCGAGGCGGGCGCCGAGCAUCUGGCGAAGGCGCUUCAGUGGGCGAAGGCGCUGCACGUCGGGCUCGCGCGCUCCACGCGGGAGAGCAAAGCCACCACCGCGCAGCCGCACCCUUUUGCGUGCACACUGCUGGGACAGCAGCUGCGCCAGCUUUGCUCCCAGGAACUGUAG